AAAAGACUCAGAUUUAGAAAACCAAGGUUUUCUUCUGUAUCUUGUUAGUGAGUUUAUUUUCAUCCUAGAAAGAUUUUUCUAGAUUUUAUUUUUCAAUAUAUUUUAUGUUAUUUUGUACUAUCGUAUUUGUACUCUAAAAUUCUGUUUAUGUGGGCCCACACGAGCAGAAUAAAAUGAAAAAUGGAUUUCUACCUAUGUCUAGAUCUCGAAUAAAUGGAAAUUUUAUUGAUAAAACCUUUUCAAUUGUCGCGAAUAUCUUAUUACGACUAAUUCCGACAACAGCAGGAGAAAAAAGCGGCAUUUACCUAUUACAGAGAUGGUGUGAUUUGAUUAUUGAUUUAUCAUUUCGUUCUUUUUUUCUUUCAUCUUGAAUAAUUUUUCUAAGUUUUAUGAGAAAUACAGACACGUUAAGUUAUUGAUUAAGUGAUUGAAAAAAAUCUCCGCUUAUUGAAGGUGAAGUUUUUAUUCAAUUUAACAAUUCCUUCUGUCGUGUAAUCCUCGAUUAAUGUAACCUAAAAUGCUAGAUUUGAUUUAUCAAUUUUAGUCUUAAGCGGAAGGUUAGACCUAUAGGUUGGACUGGUAAAUCCUAUUUUAUUAGUGCUAAUAAAGAACAUAGGGGAAUAAUCACUACAUCUAGGAAUCAACAAAAUGAAAACUUUGUUUUAAAUCAACCACUUCUUUUUGUGCUUUGGAGUGAAAGAAUGGUUGCGAACACAAGCAUCCAUCUCGUUCGUAUGUGGAUACCUGUAUAACUAUCGAAGGCUGUUGAAGUGACUAAUUUCCGGAAAUUAGCAGGCGUUGAAAACAAAUAAAUGAUUUAGGAGUUUUUUAUGAUUUCUACAUAUAUAAAAAAAUUUAGUUUGAUAAUAGGAAAAGGGGUCUUACAGGAAGGUUGGCUAGAGAUUUCUUGUAUAAACACUAGCACUAGCUCUACUCAGUCGAUAAUCAGAAUAUUUAUAUUUCUUAGAUUUUCUUUUUUUUUGAUUAAAUGCAUUCUCAUUAUGCACAGAAGGGAGGAGAGGAGCCGUAUGAGGUGAAAAUCUCAUGUACGGUUUUGGAACGGAGAUUCUUUUUUUUUUAAUUGAUUACUAACGACCGUAACGUAUGUCGGCUCAAUCCGAAGGAAAAUAUGCGGAAGCUUUACAGAAUUAUUAUGAAGCUAUGCGACUAGAAAUGGAUCCCUAUGAUCGAAGUUAUAUAUUGUAUAAUAUAGGUCUUAUCCACACAAGUAAUGGUGAACAUACAAAAGCUUUGGAAUAUUAUUUUCGAGCACUAGAACGAAAUCCAUUCUUACCACAAGCUUUGAAUAAUAUGGCCGUUAUCUGUCAUUACCGGGGAGAACAGGCUAUUCAAGAGGGAGAUUCUGAAAUUGCGGAGGUUUGGUUCGCUCAAGCCGCGGAGUAUUGGAAACAAGCCAUAGUGCUU